AAAGGUUGUGUUUCUGGAACAGAGACACUUGGAGAUCGAGACUGUGUACAGCCGGAGAGAGAAGAUGAAAAACUGAGUCCCUCCCUCCCACAAGCUAGCGAUGCUUCAUCCAAUCAAGCUGAGGACACUGUGACUGAGGCUAACGCAGAGAGCGUUGUGCUAGGAGAAAGUGUGAGUCAAUAUUCAUCAGCCCCAGUUGAACCAGGGAAAGAAGAUGAAAGAACAGACAACAAAAUCGUUGUUUCUCUGACCAAAACAACGAGCGAAACUUUAACGUCCAAUCAGAACGGAGAAGGCUCUGUGGCUACUAAACUGCCUGCGUUGAUGGAGUCUGGAGAGCCUGGCAAUGAAAGGGUUAAAGUGUUUUCAACUGGAAGUGAUGUGUCGUCAGUCGGGAUGGGUGGAGCCGAAAAAGUGAAGAAGGGGGAAUGGGAGGAAGAAAGACAACUAGUUGAGGAGAAGGGAGUGAGGGAGGAAGAGAAGGAGGGUGAGGACGAGGAGGGGGAAAAGAUGGAGAGGACAAGUCACGGCAAACAAACCACACCCCAGAGGGAAGGAGGAGAGGACUGCCAGUGGCGGGAGGUCGCGUUGCAAGUGGCUGGGGAAGGACUGGAGCGAGAGUUGAAAGAACUGCAGGCAGCACUAGAGGCAGCCGGUCUCCCUGGCAUCGCAGCGAAAACUCAGUUAGGAAUUAGUGACAGAGCUAGGGCUGGAGAUAUUUCGUCAGCCACGAGAGAUUGCAGCUUUCAACUGGAGAGCAGUGUCUCGAAGAAAAUGAGUAGAGAGCUUCAAUCGAGACAGAAAAAUGAAUUUGGGAGCUCCAUGAGUGGACCGGGGAGAAAUAGAGAUCAGGUCAUGUCUCACAAACGAAACGUUUUCUCAGAGUUUGAAAUGAGUCAGAACAAAGAGCCAGACAGCAGUGAAAGAGCUAUAGAUCUCAUCUCUCCAGAGGGACGACUAGCAGGAGGAGAGAAAGAGGUUCACCAGCAAAGUAUGUCUUCAGUUUCCGAACUGGGAGGGAAAUUAAUGCAGCGAAAAAUCGGUGGCACAAUCGAAACCGGACACCUUGCAGCUAGAAUGGAAGGAGAUACGGACGACUCUGCUUCCAACCAACACGUGAGUGUCUCUGGAGUGUUUCAGAAGGGUGGAAGAAGGGAAGGAGAGGGGAGGGGGGAGGAAGAUGGGGGAUUGGAAGGAGCCAUAAGGGCUCUGGCAAAGGAAGAAUUAAGCAGCAUUGCUAGAGAGCUCCUCUUCCAGAGGGACAGACUGAGACAAGACGUGGGGCCAAGUGAGAGAGGGGGUGUGGUCAGGAGGCGUGGUCUGGUUGCCAAGGGACACAGCAGUCACGAAGUAACACAGAAUGAAACUAAAACUGGUACAGUCACUCGUAAGUCCGGUUUGGCCGCUCCGAACAGUGGUCCAUUUGCUCUGAAAACGGGUUUGUCAGGCUCUAAAACCGGUUCGUACAAGUCUGGAUCAGCCCCAACUGGUUUGAUUGGCGGACUAAAACCCAGUCUGAAGGGGAGUAAAACCAGUUUGUCCAGUUCCAAACAGGGUCUGCCAACCAGUGGAUCUGGUUCCGUAGCGAGACUCAACCGUGGAGAUGACAGUAAGAGUACCAGAGGAGGAAGAGGUGAAAGAAGAGGGGAAAGAGAAAGAAGCGAGAGCGGAAGAGAGGUGGAAGUUUUGAAAGCUGAAGUCAACUCUCUCAAACGGGCUCUUAUUGAGCAACAAGCGAGAGUCCAGUCAGAACAAGAGGAGAGAGAGAAGGAGUUCAGGGCCAGAGAAGAGGCAGUGAAGGCCAGUCACCUCCAGAGAGAGGCGGAGCUACAGCAGAAGAUAGCUACUCUCACUAACACCAUCGUGAGCAUGGAGCAGGUGAGGUCGCCACGGGAACGGGUGAAAGUGGGCGGGGCAAUCUCCGAGAGAGAGUGGGAGGAGUUAAGGAGAAGUGUCGCGGAACAGGAGACUAUAAUACUCGGAUAUCAGAAGAUGAUGGAGCUAUAA